ACACUUUAUGCUGGAAAGCUGGUGGGUGCUAUGGGGAAAGAUCAAAACAAGAAGAAAGUAGAGCAGGUGCUAGAAGAGGAAGAGGAAUAUAUGGUGGAAAAAGUUCUUGACCAUCAAGUGUUAAAGGGCAAAGUGGAGUACCUCCUCAAGUGGAAGGGGUUCUCAGAUGAGGACCACAUGUGGGAGCCAGAAGAGACCCUGGAUUUCCCCGACCUCGUUGCUGAGUUUCUACAGUCACAGAAAGCAGCACAUGAGACAGAUAAAUCAGACGGAGGCAAGUGCAAAGCCGACUCUGAUUCUGAAGAUAAAGGAGAGGAGAGCAAACCGAAGAAGAAAGAAGAGUCAGAAAAGCCACGAGGCUUUGCCUGGGGUUUGGAGCCAGAGAGGAUUAUUGGAGCUACACACUCCAGUCCAGAACUCAUGUUCCUGAUGAAAUGGAAAAACCCUGAUGAGGCUGACCUGGUCGCAGCUAAGGAAGCCAAUGUCAAGUGCCCCCAGGUUGUCAUAUCCUUCUAUGAGGAAAGGGUGAUGUGGCAUUCCUUUCCCUUGGAGGAUGAUGGCAAAAAAAGAUGA